GUGUGUGCGAGGCUUUACGGUAACCGUGUCACCAGUUAACUGUAGCCACAGUGCACACGUCUUUUUCCCAAUUCUAAAAUAUUGGGUGAAAUUGUAGAUUGGGUGAAAAAUUAAUUGGGUCUAUUGGUUGGCCCCUCUUGAUAGGAAAGGGAAGUAGGAAUAGGAAAUCCAAAUAAUUUAACCGGAGCUGUUGUAAAAUGAAAACUGGGUGUAUCCCACCGGCAAAAGUAAAACAUUAGUAAUUGUUUAUUUGCACAAUUACAAUGGAUAGUGAAGGAAGGAAGGUUAUUGUCUGUGAUAAUGGAACUGGAUUUGUCAAGUGUGGAUAUGCUGGCUCCAACUUUCCUGCUCAUAUUUUUCCAUCGAUGGUUGGAAGACCAAUCAUUAGAGCUGUUAACAAGAUCGGUGACAUUGAAGUCAAGGAUCUGAUGGUGGGUGAUGAGGCCAGUAAACUGCGCUCAAUGUUGGAAGUCAAUUAUCCCAUGGAAAAUGGAAUUGUGAGGAAUUGGGAAGAUAUGCGUCACGUUUGGGAUUAUACGUUUGGUCCAGAAAAAAUGAACAUUAACCCUCAAGAGUGUAAAAUAUUGCUAACUGAACCUCCAAUGAACCCAACUAAGAAUAGGGAGAAAAUGAUUGAGGUGAUGUUCGAGAACUACGGCUUCGCGGGUGCUUACAUAGCGAUACAAGCGGUGCUGACGCUGUACGCGCAGGGGCUGCUGAGUGGCGUGGUGGUAGACUCUGGUGACGGCGUCACUCACAUCUGCCCUGUCUACGAGGAGUUCGCGCUGCCGCAUCUCACCAGGAGACUCGACAUUGCUGGCCGCGAUAUAACGCGCUACCUCAUCAAGAUUGAAACGUUGUCACUCUUAAAAAUUGAGUGUUUCCACUUCAAAUAUGUUUUUAAUUCAAAAAGCAUCCUAUUAAUUUAUGAGUAUUAUUACAUGAUUAUUUAUAAUUUAAAAAAUACUUUUGAACUUUUUAACUUAUCUAUAAACUUUUUUAAUUAUCUCACCUAUCUAAUUUUUUAUCAUUUUUUUCAGUUGCCAGAUGGUAGAGUUAUCCGGGUUGGAGGAGAACGUUUUGAGGCUCCAGAAGCACUUUUCCAACCUCACCUUAUAAACGUUGAGGGUCAAGGAAUAGCUGAACUUGUUUUCAAUACUAUACAAGCGGCUGAAAUUGAUAUGCGAACGGCAUUGUACAAGCACAUAGUGCUAUCUGGUGGGUCGACCAUGUAUCCAGGAUUGCCCAGCCGUUUAGAACGAGAAAUUCGUCAACUCUAUCUGGAACGAGUUUUGAAGAACGAUAUUGACAAGCUCUCUAAAUUCAAGAUCAGGAUAGAGGAUCCACCGCGGCGCAAAGACAUGGUGUUCAUUGGUGGAGCCGUGCUCGCUGACGUCAUGAAGGAUCGAGACAACUGGUGGAUAACCAAACAAGAGUACGAAGAAAAAGGAAUUAUGAAAGUGCUCGGUAAACUAGGAUCGCGGUGUAGCUAGUUUACCACCAUUUUCUUCAAAGACUGGACUUUCUUGAACAUUAUUUGGCUACAUAGCUAGAUCCAUUCCAAGUAUGAGCCUCAUUGUUAAAUGAAUACAGUAGUUCAAAGACAUACAAUUUGGAAUUCGACUGGCUCUACUCUUGCGCAUUCUCAUCCUCCAUAUUUGAACAACUAUCCAGUUUCUAUGUCCCAAGUAUUUUUUAUACAUGAUCGAAUGGUCAACUUAUUAUACCCUUAGGUUUCAUUUUAUAAGCUAUGCAAGUAUAAUUAACAAAAUUCAUAUUAUCUAGAGUUUAUUAAUCAAUUAUUAUAGUUUGCAAUUGUUAAACAGAUUUUUAUUUAUUUUAUUUUAUAUCGAAAGUCUCUGAAUUACACAACAGUUACUGUCUUGUUGAUGCAAUAAACCAAUAUCAAAUAUUGCCCGAUGAAUAAAUAUUAUUAGUUUUUGAGUGCUCUAACUAUUGAAAAUAAUUGGGUGCUCAGUCAAAAAAUAUAGUAAAAAAUUUAGAUACAUUGCAUUUAUAUCAAGAUAGUUGCAAUCUAUGUAACUUAUAGUUCUAAUCAUAUUAUACUUGAAAUUGGUUCUACCAUCCAGUCAUAACCUAUAAAAGACUACUUCGACUAUUCAGCGGUAUAACAAUUCAUCUUAUCAGAGACUGUUGUGUAUUUCAUUAUUACUUCAGUGUUGAUUUAGGACGUUGAUUAUAGUUAUUUGUUUAUCUAGAGUGAAAAGUACUGCUUUUUCUCCCUGAGGGGAAAAGUUUGAAGCCGAGGGCAACAAUUUCCCUGGGGGAGAAAAAGCAUUUUUCACUCGUGAUGUACACAACAUUUUUCCUCCACCUACAUUUUUUGUAGAAACUGCAAAUCAAAUAAUUUUAUUAACUCACGUUAUUGGUGACAAUGUUUUCUUUUACAACAUAACCUAGAAUCUAAAACCUAAAAACCGGUCAUCUGGUUGGCACCGCCGAUUGCGCUAUCUAUUGGCAAAAGCUGUAGCAAUUAUCAGCUGGCCGACUAUCAACAAUGGCUGACUCCAGUUCGCGCGUUUCAGAUUAUAAUCACAGAUGAAAAAUAUUUUUUGGCUGGUAUUUUGAAUAUAAUAAAUAUUUAAAAAUAUGUACAAAUUUGUAUUGUCUACUAAUAUGAAGUAUGUAAUAUCAUGCAAACAUAUAUUUCAUGAGUCAUGAUCAAAUUUCUGGUUGAGGUAUUGAAUUCAGUUGACACAAUGACAAACACUUCUAUCAGGUUUCCUCAUCUGAGCUCAGACCUUCUAACCUAUUUCAGAAGUAAGUUUUUUAAAAUAGAGAUGCUUCCCAUGUUAUUUAAAUGGAGUUACUUUUACGCCCUAGGGAGUUUUUCUGUUUUUUCGUCCCGAAUGCGAAAAAGUGACACUUUAGUAUUAUGUUCCAGAGAGUAAAGGGAGGACUUAAGACAGUAGGUGGAGGAAAAAUAUAUUUUCAUCUAUCAAUACUAUACUUUUGGAAUGUAAUUGGCAAUAUCAUUCUUCAUUAUUAAAAUCAAUCAAAAUUUAUUAGA